AUGGAUAAUCAAGCCAUAUAUCGAAAUAAUCUAGCUUCUGCUUCUUCUUCUUCUGUAAAUAGUUCUUCAAAACCUGAUAUUGUACCUCCAAUUAAAUCACGUCGUGGUCGUAAACGUGUAACUGAUCCAAUUUUAGCUACUCAAUUAAAAUAUCAUCGUCGUUCACG